GCAGCCAUUUUGCGGAAGCGAGCGGAGGUAACCGGACACCUGUGGUGCCGCGCUGCACUGGUCCCCUCCCAGUAAGGGAGGGCCUGCCGUCACAGGAGGCGUCUCCAGACUGGGCAGACCAGUGAAACACAGUUUCCCCUUUUCAACCCGAGUGUUUUUCCCCCACACAACUGCAGUCCUGCUGAAAACAGGCCCAAACUAGAAGCAACGUUUGCUGAAGCAAAGCCCGCGACCCGAUGGAUUACAGCGCUCCGUUGAGUGGAAGGGCUUUGGUGAAAGGCAGGUGAACUCUGCUCUCAGGGAGAUUACGGCAGGACGCCUUUCCAGCCACUGAGCAGCUCGGAUUCAUUUGCAGCGUCAUGGGAACCUUUGUGUGGAGGACGAGACCUGUACCAGUGAGAACACGCUGCCAGUAACAGCCUUUAUGCCACACAGUGAAAGUCUGUUCACUACUUCCUGUUUAUGGGUCACUGAGCACGAUUACAGAGUAAUGCAGUUGGAGCUGGUUCUUUCCUGGUGAAGGUAAGAGGAGCCGGGCAGAUUUGUCCACACAAAGGCGUUUUGUUCCCAGCAUCGGUGGAGGUGGAACAGAGACGUGGUCCAGUGGAGCUGGGCACUAAACACACUGGUGAAAACUGCUUCUCGCUUCACCCGGAACAGUAAUGGCCAGUGCAAGUUCCAACUCGGACGAUCAGGGGAAGCAAGCAGCUGGUUCUUUACGGAACGCCUUCAGCGGGUUCUUCACCCGAGACCGGACUUCUUCCGAGGACACGGAGGCGCCCGUGCUCACGUCGUUCAAGGAGCUCCCGGAUGGAGAGAGUCCUCCUCCUGAAGAUGGUCCAGCUGAUGAUGGAGAGAGGAGGCGGAGGGCGGAGUCACAACGUAACGCAUCUGCAGGAGCCUCAGCUGACCUAGAUCUGGUCCAGGUCACUAGGGUGGAAACGCAUAGUGACCCGGAGGAAGAGGAGGCAAGUCUGUCUGAGACGCUGAGCGGUACCAGGAAGUCCAUGUUAUGUGAGGAGGACGACAGGACAGCGGACCUCAGUGAGAGCAAGGAGUUAAAUAAUGACCCUGCUGCAGAGGCCGCGCACACGGUGCCUGUGUUUAGAACACACAAGUUCACAGAGAGGUCCCGCAUAGAAGCUAUUCUAUACUCAAGCAGGUUUGUCAGCAGGACGUCACGGGUCUCCUUGUUUUCUAAAAGAGGACACGGCAGCACAGCAUCGGUAGAAGCAGAAGCAUCAGGCACGAGGGCAGAUGACAGUAAAAAUGUAGGAACGGGCGACACCGGUGAGGGUGAGGGAAUAGACUGUUCCCAGCCGGUUCCCGCUGUAGUUUCUGGACCUGAUCCUGGUGCCGCUGCGGCCGAUAAUACGAAGGAGGACGCAGGGGAUCAAGGACCAACGCCUGACGGCGGCAGUGAGAGGCCUCUCUGCAGACAAGCGUCCCUGUCCUCAGCUGCUCCCUCCAGCCCCAGGACCUCUGACCCGUCGGUCCAGUCCUCCUCCACUCCAGACUCUGCUGAUGUGACUAAUUCACCAUCGUCCACUCCCGAAAAGCCCCCAGGAGACGUCCAGCCAAGUGUCAGUCCUUCUUCCCAAAGCACAACCCCGGCAAAGACGCUGGAAACAAACCCACCUGCCCCAGAACCACCUCCCCCCCCCUCUUCUGUCUCAUCCUCUCCGUCCAGAGGCACAGCUCCUGCUUCACCGCCGGCCUUUCAGAUGCCGGCUCUGUUCAGUGGGUUGCGGGUGCUGAAGAAAGGUGCAGUGGGAGACGACAGGGAGACAGUGUCAGAAAUCAAACAGAGGGAGAAGGAUGCGGACCUGGCCCUUCUGAGCCUGAAGAAGACUGUGAACAAAGCCAAGCUGUUUCCUGAGCAGAGAACCAGCACUCCGCUCAAAAAGCAGGCAGAGCCUAAACCCAUUGCAGAGUCGAGGAAGAAAGGAAUAAAACAGAUCAGUCAAGAUGAGACCAGAACGCCUGAUGACGGACAGGAUGCUGCUUCACACGGCAGCAAGAAAGAGGGUGAAAAUGGAGACGAGGUUAAAGGAGACAACAAAUCUCCAGGUCCGGAAACUCCCACAUUCACGCCUGAACGAAAGAAAAGCUCAGAGGCGACAUCUCCAGGCCCUGAAACGCCAGCGUCCACCCCCGAGAGAAGGAAAACCUCAGACAUGGCCUAUGAGACCUUCAAGAGCUUGUUCGGUCCAAAGGCUGUCAAAAAAGAAAAAGCAGAUGAUGUAGAUUUAGAGAUGGUGAAAAAGAAAAUCAAGAAUGACAAAGAAAGUCUGAGGAUGAUCUUUGAAAGAGCGUCCAAGACUCCAAGCAAGGACCUGAAAAGUCCCACAGAACCCGGUGCAGAGGUCACGUCCCCCGCGGACAGCGAGGACCGGACCCCCGGACGUCUGCAGGCGGUGUGGCCUCCACCCAAACCUAAGGAUGAAGAAGACAAGGUGGGGCUGAAGUACACGGAGGCAGAGCACCAGGCCGCCCUCCUGCAGCUGAAGAGAGAGAGCAAAGAAGAGCUGGAGCGGAUGCAUGCCGACUUCCAGCUUCAGAUCUUCCAGCUGCGUGGGGAGCACGCUGUGUUAGUGUCACACCUGGAGGGGGUCAUCACUAACCUGCAGGGAGGCAGGUCCUGUAACGCCGGACUGGGGCGCGCGGAAGUCCGUGACGUGGCUGUGUCCACGGCCGACGACCCGGGAGCCAGAACCUGUCGCACUGUUGGCAUCCAGACGGACCGCGAGACGUUCAUCAGGAGCCCAGACGGCGACGGCGGGGGGGCGACUCAAAGCCCCGGGCACACACUGCCAAAAAGACUCAGUUUAGAUUCUAUUGGGCUGGGACCAACUCCACCCCCACCUCCCCCACCCCCACCUCCUCCUCCUCCCCCUCCAGGCCAUUCGGUACAACCGCCCCCUGCUCCCCCUUUGCCUGGUAAUGCAGGAGCACCACCGCCACCGCCACCUCCACCACCUCCAAUGCCCGGGGGUGGCCCUCCACCCCCUCCACCUCCCCCUCCCCCCCCUGGCCUACCUGGAGCCGGUCCACCUCCUCCACCCCCUCCACCCGGCUGUGGCCCACCGCCUCCUCCCCCGAUGGGGGCCUUUGGUUUUGGCCAAAAAGUGGAGAAGGCCCCACGAAAGGCUGCGAUUGAGCCAGCGUGUCCCAUGAAGCCUCUGUACUGGACCAGGAUACAGAUACAAGACAACAACAACAACACACUGUGGGGUUCGCUGGAGGAGCUGAACAUCGUGAGCGCCAAUGAGUUUGAGGAUCUUUUCUCCAAGGCCACGCUUCAGCCCAAGAAGAAGCCGCUGUCGGACACGUACGAGAAGAGAAGCAAAGCUAAGAAGAUCAUCAAGCUGCUGGACGGGAAGCGCUCACAAGCAGUUGGCAUCCUCAUCUCAAGCCUGCAUCUGGAGAUGAAGGACAUCCAGCAAGCUGUUCUUACUGUGGACAACUCUGUGGUGGAUUUGGAGACCAUUGAGGCUUUAUAUGAAAACAGAGCCACUACUGAUGAGAUGGACAAGAUCACAAAACAUUAUGAGAACGCGAAGGAAGAUGAAGUCAAACUGCUGGACAAACCUGAGCAGUUCCUGUAUGAGCUCUCCCAGAUUCCUGACUUUGCAGGCCGCGCUCACUGCAUCAUUUUCCAGUCGGUGUUCCUUGAUACGAUCGCUUCCAUCCAUCGCAAAGUGCAGACUAUCUCCAAUGUCUGCAAAGAGCUCUUAGAGUGCAGAAGUCUGCGAGAUGUGAUGGGUCUGGUUCUUGCCUUUGGAAACUACAUGAACGGAGGGAACCGGACUCGAGGUCAGGCUGACGGGUUUGGGCUGGAGAUCCUCCCGAAACUGAAGGAUGUCAAGAGCAGGGACAGCUGCAUGAGCCUGGUGGACUAUGUGGUUUAUUACUACCUGCGCAAUUUUGACAAGCACGCUGGUACCGAGAAGAGCGUGUUCCCUCUGCCUGAGCCUCAGCAGCUGUUCCAGGCUGCACAGGUUAAGUUUGAAGACCUCACCAAGGACAUCAGGAAGCUGAAGAAGGACCUGACUGCUUGUGAGAAGAACGUGCAGAAGGUGUGCAGCAACUCGUCGGAGGAACACCUGCAGCCGUUCAAGGAGAAGAUGGAGGGAUUCAUCUCUACUGCUCAGAAGGAUCAUUCUGAUGAAGAGGAUCAACUCAAUGCAGCCCAGAAAAGUUUCCAGGACAUGGUGAGCUACUUUGGACUCAAGCCAAAGACGGGAGAGAAGGAAGUGGUCCCCAGUUACGUCUUCAUGCUCUGGUAUGAGUUCUGCAAUGACUUCAAAAACGCCUGGAUACGACAGAGCAAAAGCAUCUCCAAGGAGAGGCUGAAAGAAGCUCAAGAAAACAUCAAGAAGAUCACAGCAGAGAAGAGAGUUGAAACCAAGAAGAUCAACGCCAACAGUCUGAAAGAGAGGCUGCGACAGAAGGAAGCCGGCGUCUCCUCCAGCUAAAGCGAAGCGAGGGGUGGAGGUGAGACGGAGCCCGUGAAGCUGGACCCGAUGCGCUGACCCGGUCCCACCCAGGACUCGCUCCUCUCCCACUGCCACUGACAUUCAGACCCACGGGCCACAUGUGGAGGCUUUGGGCCUGCGACACCAUCUGAGGCCACAGGUCGACCUCACUCAUCCAGUGCCGUGACCUCCGAGUGCACGGCUGGUGAAAGGUCUUAGUGGGUCAGUGGAAUUCACACCAGGGCCACCGGCCUCCACCUGGACCCACACACCCUCUGAGGCGUCAGCGCCACAUCGGAUGCGGAGCUCCUCAGAUGCUGUUUCUGGCAAUUAUUCCUCGGAGGAAAAUCUUUGUUGACAAAACAGAUUUGUUCCUCCGGAAGUGUGAGGAGAGCCGUUCCCAGAGUGCUUUGCUGUUGCUAAUGGCUGUUCAUCCAGCGUGGCUCAUUAAACACUGGGCAGCGCUCGUAGGAAGAACGGGACCUCGUCUCGAGUGCACGUCAAGACGUGCGCGUGCACGGAACCAGCAUGUGGACGUUCCUUUGCAUCGUGUGUUUCCACUAAUCGGACGGAUCUGUGCUGGACGACGGCCAGAGCAGAGCUGGCUGCGCCUCACACACACAAGCACGCACGCACGCACACAAACACGCACACACACACACAAACACGUGCGCGCGCACACACACAGACACACAAGCACACACAAACACACUCACGCACGCACACACACACACACACACACACACACACACCGCUGUGUUACUACAUCACAUGAACACCGCGGGUUUGGACCUCGCACCCACUCGGAUUCAAACCCGUGCUGUGCAUCUGUGUUCCUCAGCCUCCUUCCGCCUCCGUAGCUCACACUCUCCUUAAGCUGAAGCUUGUCUCCGUUGUCUUGCACAUUUUUGCACCUCUUUUCUAUGCAAAGGUAUGUUUUCCCCCUGUGGAUUAUGUUUGUAGCUUAGUUUUUACUGCUGAUAGAAGCACAGAGCUGAAUGCUUUGUUUCCACUCGUGUAAAGUUGAACCACGCUCCUGUGUCAUUAGAGAAAAGUCUAUUUAUGUAAAGAGAGGUUUAUUUUAGGCGGAAAAAGAACCUGCUUCGUUCCCGUUCAGACUGUAUUUUAUUGAGUUGUGGCUGAAGUGACUGAGACGCUGCCUGAGAGACUGGAGUGGAUGUGGAUGAUUCACAGUGUACGUGAUGGAAAGGACUCGCGUCCAUGAGGACUGUCGCCUGAAGGUUUGACGAUCUUUGGGAGGUGAGGGUUGUAUUUGGGGGAACGUUUAGGUGAGCUGUUAUACCUCAGACAGACUUCUGUUAUCAGAGAAUCCAUCAGACCGCACCUGAUAUUAUUUUUUAACCCUGUGCCAUUUAUUUUGUAUACAGAUUUAGAGAUUUCAUGACUUUAAAGUACGUUUUAACUUCAGAGCUUUGAACAAAGACGAGCUGGUUCCGAGCCAGGAGUUGGUUGUAGCUUCUGCUUCAUGUAACCUUCAGUAACAAAUACAGGUGCUCUGUGAUCUUAUGGAAUUGUUUUAAAUUUCAAGAAUAAACUACUGGAUGCUGAACAAGA